AUGCUGCAUUCUUUAGCGAUGAUUGCUGAUUGUAGUGAAGGGCAGCAGGUACAAAACCGUAAACAGCUGUCAAAAGUUCCAGUCAGUACAGCUUCUGCUGAGAGAAGCAGUUCGAAUCUAAAGUUGAUUAAAACCUACUUGAGAAGUACGGGGAGCCAUCUGCUCUAUCAGUUCUAUCAAUUGAAGUGGAAUGAGCAGCUGAUGUUAAUUCCUAGUGUUGGAGUUGAUGUUGAAGCCGAUGAACUUGGCCUAGUAGUACUUGGUAAAGAUUCCGAUUUCCAUCUUCCGAGGAAGAAUGGCGCGGGGUUGCAAAGGAGUUCGAAUGUGUAUCAAUUCACCACCAUUAUACUAUAUUGCGACACAAGUUUUCUCACCCCUGUACCAGCAGAUAUGUACGGCGUUGGAUUACAACCAUCAUAA